ACCAUUACCGUAAAGAAGUUGAGAAUUGAGAGCAUCAAAAUAUGAUUUAAGGCAAAAUUUUAGGAAGCUCACACAAGGGGCCAAUGGCAGGUGGCCUCAGAGAGUCAAUGGCCGGAGGUUAUUAGCAUCCGGUGGAGGAGUGGAGGACCCAUGUUGGAUAACUCUGAGAUGACAACGAGAUUUAUCCAACGCCGUCCCGCCAAUUACUUUCAAUCGCGCCACUCGAUUGCUUCCCAUUAACUUCUUCCUAAUUCCUUCCUCUUCUUUUUUCAUUUCUUCUUCUCCAAAUCCGAUCCCCAUUUCCUUACCUUCCGAUUUCCCGACCCGCCAGGGAUGGAUCGACGCCCCAAUUAAUUGCAGUUAGGUAACCAACAAUGGUGAGACCAUGACUCUGUCAUCUGUACCUAAACCAAUAUGUCAGUAGCUUCAUUCCCAUAGUAUUCUCCCUUAAAACAUGGCUCGGUCUCUUCGGGUCAAUUCUAGACGAAUACGACCUAAAUAUCUUCUUUUUAUGCUUCUUAUGCUUGUUCCAAUUAGUGUUAUUACCAUUUUCAAUUAUGGCCAAAAAAUUUCUUAUUUCUUCCGCCCACUUUGGGACAAACCUCCACGCCCUUUUGUGCGCCUACCACACUAUUAUGCAGAAAAUGUGUCUAUGGAACAUCUUUGUCGCCUCCAUGGCUGGUCUUUGCGAUCCAAACCUCGUCGUGUUUUUGAUGCCAUCAUCUUCAGUAAUGAGCUAGAUUUGCUUGAAAUUAGAUGGCGGGAGCUUUACCCAUAUGUCUGGAAGUUUGUAAUCCUGGAGUCACGUACGACUUUUACAGGCAUACGCAAGCCAUUACUAUUUGAUGAAAAUAGAGAUAGAUUUGCCUUUGCAGAGAAUAAGACUGUUCAUGAUGUGUUUUCUGGAAAAGUUGCUUCUCGUGGGUCAUAUAGAAACCCAUUUGACCUUGAAUCCCAGCAACGUGUAGCUAUGAAUGGAUUACUUCGGCGUGCAGGGAUUUCAAAUGGUGAUCUUUUGAUCAUGUCAGAUACUGAUGAGAUACCGAGCCCACAUACCGUGAAACUAUUGCAAUGGUGUGAUGACGUGCCUCCUAUAAUCCAUCUUGAAAUGAGGAACUACAUGUAUUCUUUCGAGUUCCCUGUGGACUACAGCAGUUGGCGAGCCACAUUUCACAUCUAUGGUCCACAUACUCAGUAUAGGCAUUCACGCCAAAGCGAACUUAUAUUCUCCGAUGCAGGAUGGCAUUGUAGCUUUUGCUUUAGGAAUAUUCAAGACUUUGUAUUCAAGAUGACAGCUUAUAGUCAUGCGGACCGUGUAAAGCGGCGAGACUUCUUGAAUUACUCCAGGAUACAGAAGCUCAUUUGCCAGGGAGAUGAUCUCUUCGAUAUGCUUCCUGAAGAGUACACCUUCCGGGAGUUGAUUAAGAAGAUGGGAUCAAUACCGCGGUCUUCAUCGGCUGUUCACCUUCCUGCAUACUUGAUAGAGAAUGCAGACAAAUUCAGAUUCCUGCUUCCUAGAGGCUGUGUAAGAUCCUCUGAAGACAGCAUCCCAGGUUUGAAUAGUCAACCAUAGAGUCCUCGAAGAGUAGCUCGCUCAUUUCUAAUCUUGUCUAGCUUAUUUUCGUUAAAGUUCCGCUCUGCCAGAGAAUGUGAAUCGCUAGCUAGCACCUGCAGGCUCUCUAUUUUUAGUUUUAUUUGCAACGGUACCAGAUAGGAAUAGAUUGAUAAGCGAUAGUUGGUGGAUAUGUUGAGACACAAGUUGCUAACAGGAAAGUUAAAGCUGUUAGCCAGAGUGAGUGAUGUUACGGUAGAUGAUCCAUUGUUUAGUGUACUAAAUUUUGCAUUAGAUUGCCAGAGACAGCGGUAGAAUGUUGUGCUGUAAUGGUCUGUUACCUCUUCAAUGUUUAUCAAAGUUGAUAUCCAUUUCAAUGUAAUGAUAUUGGAUCCACUUUUACGGGAAAUGCUAUGAGAUCUUCCGAGUGUAA